GAAAAAAGAAAAAAUACAGCACGUCUCGUCAAGAUGGUCUUCAAAAUGAGUGUUUUGGCUACCGCCCUCUUGGGUGCGUCAGCCGCCAACGCUCACUUGGUCAUGACCAACCCUGCCCCAUUCACAGACGACCUGACCAACUCUCCCUUGGACGCCAGUGGCAGCAACUUUCCUUGCAAGGCUACAAACUACGAUGCGCCCAGCCAGGAAAACAUCUACAGCGUCGGUGAAUCUGUGCAACUCAAACUCAAGGGUAGUGCCACUCACGGUGGUGGUUCAUGCCAAAUCAGUUUGUCCACCGACGAGAAACCCACCAAGCAAUCCAACUGGUACGUCAUCAAGUCUUUCGAAGGUGGUUGCCCUGUCGAUACCACGGGUAACCUGCCGGAAAAUGCCAACAACGAGAUCGACAACCCUGGUCUUAAAUUCACCAUUCCCGAAAUCGAUGCUGGGAAAUACACCAUGGCCUGGACUUGGUUUAACCGUGUUGGAAACCGUGAGAUGUACAUGAACUGUGCACCUAUCACCGUCAAGGGCGGUUCAUCCUCCAAGCGUUCCGAGGAGGAGAAGCGCUCCACCAACUACCCUGGCAUGUUCGUCGCCAACGUCAACGGCUGUACUACACCAGAGAGCGUCGACAUUCGCUUCCCCAAGCCCGGUGAUGAUGUUGUGAAACUCGGCCAAGCCAGCCAACUCAUGCAGGAGGGCGAGAGUGCUUGCACGGGUUCCGCCAGUUUCUCUGGUGGUGAGGGCGGUAGCAUCGGCUCUGGCUCCAGCUCCGGCUCGGGCUCGUCUGCCAGCUCCGAGCCCAGCCCCGUUGUCAGUGCCUCUCUUGGUCUCAGUCUUGGUCUCGGUGGUGGUUCUGCUCCUACUGGUGGUGCUUAUGCUCCUCAAGCUGCUUCUGCUUCUGAGGUCAGCGCUCCAGCUCCCACCCAGUCUGCUGCUCCGGCUGCCGAGUCUAGCGCUUCCAGCUCCAGUUCUACUUCUAACUCCGGCUCCUCCGACUCUGGCUCCGACUCUGGCUCCGGCUCUAGUUCAGCCUCCAGCUCCAGCUCCAGUUCUGGCGCAUCCGGCUCGUGCACCUUGGGCCAAUACAACUGUCUCGACGGCUCGAGCUACCAGCAAUGUGUGCAAAAGGAUGCUGAAACCACUGAAUGGGGCGUUUCUCAGCAGAUGGCUGCCGGUGUCUCAUGCACCGUUGGUGUGAGCGCCGACCUUGGUGUCCAAGCUUCCAAGUUGAAGCCUCGCAUGAACUCGAUGCGUUUCGGAAAGCGUGCCCACGGUGGUCAUCGCCACGCAUGAAAAAAAAUAAAAACCGC